AUGGAGAACCCUUCAUUUGUCCUUCGCGCCAUUAAGGAUGUUGUCAUUGAAGACCGUCCUAAGCCUGUGCUCUCAGACCCCCACGAUGUGAUUGUUCAUGUCGCGCAAACUGGCAUCUGUGGCAGUGAUUAA